AUGAAUUUAAUCUCGUUUUUUUUAAUUUUUUCUGUCAUUCUUGUAAAUGAUAGCUACAUAUAUAGUAAAAGGCAUGGCCAAGACUUUAAAGCAAUCUCAUUUCUAAAAGUUAAAGAAGAAGGUGGUGGGUUUGGAGUAUCAAAACUAGGUUCAGACUCGAAAAUUAUCGUAGAUAAGGGAAUUGGAAAAAAUGAUAAAUCAGUUAUUGGUAUAUUUGGUGAUACCUUUUCUACCCAAUUUAAUGGUAUCGGAUUAUCAACUAAACUAGAAAAGGAAAUGAACGAGAUAUUCAGUGUUGAAUGUAAUGCCGAUGUGUUUAGCUUUUUGAUUAAUUUGUUGGGCAAAUUAUUUGUUCAUAUUAAAGAAAUUGAAUGUGAACUUAAAAUUUUAGAAAAUGCCUACAAAAGAUGCAAAGGUUAUGGAAACAUUAUGAGAAGAAUUAGAAAGUGUGUGCAGAUUGAGGAAGCUUACAAAGGAAAAAGAAAAGUUGGUCGUGAUUCUUUAAAUAGACUUAAAAUUUUUGGUGAAAAAGUUUCAGAAUGUGUGGCCGGAAUAACAAAGGGUUUGUGGAUAGUAGGGAAACAUGUGGAAGUAUCAGAUGAAAUAAAUGAGAAUGAGUGCAACGAGCAAAAACUGUUCGAAGAAGCUUACACACUAACCAACUACAAGGUUUACCAUCAAGUUACAGUAACAGCACACAGUCUUUUUUCUGUCUCACUUUCAAAAUGUAAAGAAAAAAGGUGUAGGAAAUUUAAUAAAAAGUGCAGGUGUAUUUUAUCAACUGCUGAUCAAAUCGAAGAUUUAAUUAGCUAUUUUGAAAAAGUAAUUAUUGAAAAGAGUUCUUUCAUUAGUGGGUGCACCAAAUACUUAAAAAAUGUGCAUGGGUCCAUCAGCAAGAAUUUAAUGCAAGUUCCUACUAGCCCCUCCAAAAAAGGCUUGGAAGAAAUUACCCAAGUUAGUCCGUUGUUAACUGAACUUUAUUAA